ACCACCAUUCUCCCGCUUAGCUUCCUGUUUCAGGGCCAAUGGAUGGAGCGCUCCGAUGCAACAGUCCCCAACACCCCAAACUGCUCUUACCAGACUGAUCAAUAGCAGUCCCCAUAUAUCCCCCAUUCUUUCCAUCUUUAUCUGCCCCAUCACCUUCAUCAGCGUUUUCAAGGCAAAAAGAUCCCCAUGACAUAAUCUAUCCUGAUGACACACAGAUAUCCCAGACAAAUGCCACCCCCAUCAACAUCAUCAACAAGAAGACUCUCUGCCUCCCUUUCAUCUUCCAUAAUUAUGGUUCUGAGAUUAGUGGCCUUUCUCAUCGUACCGUUAGUUCUGUCUUGCCUCGUUGUCAGUGUCUCCUCCUCCUGUACCCAAUUGGAUAACGAGUCUCUCUUGGCCUUCUCCAGUAAUAUAUCCACGCUUUCCUCUCACCCUCCACUUAAUUGGUCUGCUUCCGUUGAUUGCUGCUCUUGGGAAGGCAUUCUUUGUGACAAGGGAGAUAAGGAUAAUGGGGAUCAGCGAGUAAUUGGCUUAUUGCUUCCAUCCAGAGGUCUCGCCGGUUCUAUAUCCCCUGCUCUCACUAACCUCACUGGCCUGUCUCAGCUCAAUCUCUCCCACAAUCGACUUUCUAGUAAUCUCCCAACCCAAUUCUUCACACUCCUUAAUCACCUGCAGAUUCUUGAUUUGAGCUACAAUCGUCUUUCCGAUGAAUUGCCAGCAUCUGAUCUUAAUAAUAACAAAACCAGUAGUAUUAUCCAGGAGCUUGAUUUGUCUAGCAAUCUAUUUCAAGGAACACUCCCUUCUUCUUUCCUUCAGUACCUUGAAGCUGCAGCUGCAGCAGGGACCUUGACAUCUUUUAAUGUUAGUAACAAUAGCUUCACAGGUCAAAUUCCCACUUCUCAACUUUGCGUUAAUGAAAGCCUCAGAUUCUUGGACCUUUCCUACAAUGAUUUCAACGGUUCAAUUCAAUCUGGCUGGGGAGCAUGUUCCAAACUCGAGAUUUUCCGAGCGGGUUUCAAUUUUCUCACUGGGCCUCUUCCUUGUGAUCUUUUUGAUGCUGUUUCCCUCAGAAAGAUUUCCUUUCCCCUCAAUAAACUCUCUGGAAAUAUUGAUGAUGGAAUUGGUAGCCUUACUAACCUCACAGUCCUGGAGCUCUACUCCAAUGACUUCAGAGGAUCCAUACCACGAGAUAUUGGUAAGCUAUCCAAGCUGGAAAAGCUACUGCUUCAGACAAAUAAUUUGACAGGUACUUUACCCCCAUCUCUGGCGAACUGUGUCAAUCUUGUCCAGUUAAAUUUAAGGGUCAACCUCUUGGAGGGGAAUCUUGCAGACUUUAAUUUCUCAGGAUUCCAGCGGCUUACUACUCUUGAUCUUGGCAACAAUAAUUUUACAGGCAAUUUACCAACAACCCUUUAUGCAUGCAAAUCACUUGCUGCAUUAAGGCUGGCAUCUAAUCAGCUUGCGGGACAGAUCACCCCAGACAUCCUUGGACUUGAGUCUCUGUCUUUCCUAUCAAUAUCUACCAACUACCUAAGAAAUUUCACAGGAGCUAUGAAGAUACUCACCGGCCUCAAGAACCUUAGUAGCCUUGUCCUUGCAAAAAAUUUUUAUAAUGAAACCAUCCCAUAUGAUGAGAACUUAGUCGGCCGAGAUGAAUUUCAAAAACUCCAAGUUCUAGCCUUGGGUGGUUGUAAUUUCACAGGUCAAAUACCGGGCUGGCUUGCAAGGCUUAGGACGCUCGAGGUCAUUGAUCUGUCCUAUAAUCUCAUCACUGGUUCAAUUCCUCCUUGGUUGAGCACACUUCCGCAGCUAUUCUACAUAGACUUGUCGCAUAACCACCUUACAGGAAUAUUUCCCAGGGAACUCACAGGAAUUCCAGCAUUAACAUCACAAGAGGCAAAUGAUAGAAUAGUAAGGUCUUACAUGGAGUUACCUGUCUUCAUUGUGCCAAAGAGUGCUUCCCAGCUGCAGUAUAAUCGGCUUUCCAACCUACCACCAGCAAUAUAUCUGAGAAACAAUAGUCUCCGCGGGAAUAUUCCCAUGGAGAUUGGCCUAAUGAAAGUCUUGCAUCAGCUGGAUCUGGGCAAUAACAACUUCUCUGGCAGUAUUCCAGUUCAAAUUUCUAACCUGACUAAUUUAGAGAAGUUAGACCUCUCAGGGAACCGACUAUCUGGUGAAAUUCCUGCUUCACUCAAAAGCCUUCAUUUCUUGUCAUUUUUCACUGUGGCAAGAAACGAUCUUCAAGGAGAGAUACCAAUAGGUGGCCAAUUUGAUACUUUCCCUCCUUCCAGCUUUGCAGGAAACCCAAAAUUAUGUGGUUCACCUAUUCAACGCUCUUGUCACAGUCCACCAGGUGAUAGCACAACCUUGAACAAAAAGAGAACCUUGAACAAAGGUAAAGUAAUUGGAAUUGUCAUUGCAGUUAGCUUUGCUGCCAUUAGUAUCAUCAUUGUGUUCACAAUCUGGAUACUUUUCAAGAGGAGGGUCAAUCCAAGAGGAGAUACUGAUAAGAUUGAACAAGAAUCAACUUUUGCGGACUAUAACAAUGGUUUUCAUCCUAAAAUAGACAAGAACGCUAGCCCAGUGGUAUUGUUCCCCAAUAAAACAAAUGAAAUCAAAGAUCUUACUAUAUCUGAGAUCUUGAAAGCCACUGAAAAUUUCAGUCUAGCCAACAUUAUAGGAUCUGAGCAUUUUGGUUUAGUUUAUAGAGCGAUCUUACCAGAUGGAAAUAAACUAGCCAUUAAGAAACUUAUAGGAGAAUUGGGGCUUACGGGAAAGGAAUUUAAAGCAGAGGUAGAGGCUUUGUCAACAGCCCAACACAAGAAUCUGGUUGCUUUGCAAGGUUAUUGUGUGCAUGAUAGCUUUCGGCUUCUCAUGUAUACUUACAUGGAAAAUGGAAGCCUAGAUUAUUGGUUGCAUGAGAAGGCUGACACUACAUUUCAACUUGAUUGGCCUACUCGAGUGAAGAUAGCACGGGGUGUGAGUUGUGGGUUGGCUUACAUGCAUCACACAUGUGUGCCACACAUCGUACAUGGCAAUAUAAAGUCAAGCAAUAUCCUCCUUAAUGAAAAUUUUGAAGCAAUCAUUGCUGAUUUUGGGUUAUCCCGGUUGAUACUUCCUUAUCACACUCAUGUUACAACUGAACUUUUAGGUACAUUAGGUUAUAUUCCACCUGAGUAUGGACAAGCAUCUGGGGCCACUCUUCAGGGAGAUGUGUAUAGCUUUGGGGUUUUCAUGCUUGAGUUGCUCACUGGGAAGAGGCCUCUUGACAUGUGCAAGACAAAAAUGUCAAUGGGACUGGUUCUUUGGACGCAACAAAUGAGGAGUGAUGGAAAACAAGAUCAAGUCUUUGACCCACUUCUAAGAGGAAAGGGCUUUGAAGAGGAGUUGCUGAAGGUGCUUGAUGUCGCCUGCAUGUGUGUCAGCCAGAAUCCUUUCAAGAGACCAAGCAUGAGAGAAGUUGUUGAUUGGUUGAAGAAUGCAGGAUCAGCCGAGCAACACCAGAAUGAAGACAAGAGAAAUGUCUGUUCUUCAACAUAUUUUCACAAUACAUACGCACACCUAUGACAAACUUUUUGCACUUUUAUAAUUUUAAUUUUCAGCCAUGUAACUGAUGACUCCCAUGUGCCGAAUGUUUGCUGCAGUUAUCAAACUUUAAAGAAUCAGUAGUAUAUUAUUCAAUCCAUAAUUAAUUUGAUAA